AUGUGCCACCUGUGCUGGGCCGUGCUGCUGGCCGCGGCACUGCUCAACACCGCCAACGCCACCGGCCAGGGGGCGCGCGGCCUUCUCGCUGACAUCACCGCCACUGGCGGCACCACCGUCGUGGGCGGCGCCAAGCCCACAGUCGUCUCCGACACGCCCGUCGCUGACCCCGCGGCCACCAUCAACUCGGCCAUGGCGCAGCAGUCCCAGGCGAUGGCCCAGUUCGGCCAGGACAUGAACGCCGCCGCGGCCCAGAUGGCGCAGGGCGCAGGCAUGAUGGCCGGCAGCCUCACGGCGCCAGCCGCCAGCCCGUUCGUGUUCCCAGCAGGCUUCGCCGUGCAGAGCCCCGCCGCUGCACCCGUUGCGCCCAAGGCUGCGGCAGCGGCGCCCGCAUCUGCACCCGCACCCGUCGCCGCGCCCGCCGCCCCUGCCGCCGCCGCCGCGCCUGCACCGAAGCCGGCGGCCUCAUCUGCCGGGGGCGUGGUGCGUUCCGGCGCGGUGCACUGCGUCGCAAUUGCGGCCGCGCUCUCCUUCGCGGCUUUCGCUUGA